AACAGUUUCACACUUUAGCUGCUAGCUAGUGCUACCACCCACAGGAGGCAACCCUAGCUUUCCCACGCAGCCAAUGGAGGCCGGCUACCCGGGCACGGCGGCGAACGGCGCUGCCGCCGACGGGAACGGUGGCGCGCAGCAGGCGGCGGCCGCGCCGGCUAUACGUGAGCAGGACCGGCUGAUGCCGAUCGCGAACGUGAUCCGCAUCAUGCGCCGCGUGCUCCCGGCGCACGCCAAGAUCUCGGACGACGCCAAGGAGACGAUCCAGGAGUGCGUGUCGGAGUACAUCAGCUUCAUCACCGGGGAGGCCAACGAGCGGUGCCAGCGCGAGCAGCGCAAGACCAUCACCGCCGAGGACGUGCUCUGGGCCAUGAGCCGCCUCGGCUUCGACGACUACGUCGAGCCCCUCGGCGUCUACCUCCACCGCUACCGCGAGUUCGAGGGGGAGUCCCGCGGCGUCGGCGUCGGCGUCGGCGCCGCGCGCGGCGACCACCACCAUGGUCACGUCGGUGGGAUGCUCAAGUCCCGCGCGCAGGGCUCCAUGGUGACGCACCACGACAUGCAGAUGCACGCCGCCAUGUACGGUGGCGGCGCGGUGCCGCCGCCGCCGCAUCCUCCUCCGCACCACCACGCGUUCCACCAGCUCAUGCCGCCGCACCACGGCCAGUACGCGCCGCCGUACGACAUGUACGGCGGCGAGCACGGGAUGGCGGCGUACUACGGCGGGAUGUACGCGCCCGGCAGCGGCGGCGACGGGAGCGGCAGCAGCGGCAGCGGUGGCGCCGGCACGCCGCAGACCGUCAACUUCGAGCACCAGCAUCCGUUCGGAUACAAGUAGUAACAGCAGCAGAAUGGCGAUCGGUCUGCACCUGCAUGCACACGUAUCGCAUGCAGAUCGAGCUAGUAGUGCAACUGGCUAACUUGAACCAGUUAAAAACUUAAGACUUAGUGAUCGUGUGUGGUUUAAUUAAUUUGCUACGUUCAGGUAGUGAUCGAUGAGAUUUUAAUUUCCUACUGUCAGUUUAAUUCACCGUUCAUGUACUCGAUCCAGCUAGUACUACUCCUAGUUACCCUUGUUCUAAUCUUAACGCAAUUGUGUCGAUCGGACGAUCGCACGUUUAUCUUCAAGUGGAAUUUGUCUUAUAACACUAA